AUGACGGCAGCAAAGGUCUUCGCUUUUAGGUUUCCUGUUUUGGCGCGGGUGAUGAUGGGGCUGCGAAGAGUUUGUGGCAGAGGACGGGAGGAAGUGGUGAAGCGUGGUCUGGAGGGAAUAGGGAUGGGUGGGGGUAAUUUAGUGGUGGUAGAUGGAGGAACUGGAGCAGAGGCGGAGGGGGCAGAGGGUUGCGAUGGUGGCGUGGUCGGGUUUGGAGGGUUAGGGAUCGUAGUGGCCCGGGUGGAAGGUAGGGGAUCGGUGGGCCGAGGGCUGAUGGGGGGGGGGAGGACGAGAUGGGCUAUGGGAUAA